AUGGAUGGUGCCAUUGAACUUUUGCCUAAUGUAAAGAAUGAUCAUUUUUUAGAAAAUAAAAAUCUAAGAAAUGAAUAUAAUAAGUUAUAUAUGCAAAGACACUAUCAUAUAAAUAACCAUACUACAAAUAAUGAUAACAUAUAUAAUAACAUAAUAUGUAAUAAUAAUAAUUAUAAUAUUAAUUAUAUUCACACAUGUAAUAGUAAUGUAUCUAAUCAUACUGUCCAUGGGUGUACUAGCCAAAGAAAGCUUUUUAAUAAAUAUAAAAUUUUGUUAAAUCUUCCAAGAAAUAUACUAUCAAAAAAAUAUUGGUCCAAUAACUCUAGUACUAGGUUUGAAAAGAAAAAUAUAAAAAAUAAAGAUUUCAAAUACAAGAUUAUUAAGAAUACCAUAAUUAAAGAUAAGGCAAAAAACUUCAUGUUGUCUUUAUUAAAUAAAAAUAUAUAUAAUAAUAUAUAUGAAGAAAAUAAAAUAAACCACUCUAAUGAAGAAAAAGUAAAGGGUCUAAAUGAAAAUUAUGACCCCCUAAACAAUUUAAAAAUAAGUAAUAAAAAUGAACAGCAAGAAAUUAAUGAACAGCAUAAAAAUGUUAUCAUCACAUAUAAAGAAACAAACAAAUGUGUAAACAAUGUAAAUGAAAAGGAUUUAAAUAGUAAUAAAGUUUACGAUAUAAUAUAUGAUAAUACAAAGGACUUAAAUAAUUUUGAAUUAAAGGAAAAAACAAAAAAUGGUAGAAUCGAUUUUGAUAUGCAAAACGUGCAAUUACGUAGUGCUGACAUAGAAGAGGGAGAGCGAGUAACCGACAAAAAUGAUGCGAAUGAUAAGAAUAGUAAUUAUUCUAAAGAAAAUGAAGAUAUAGGAGAUAAUACAAAUGAUGGUAAUAAUAAUAAUAAUGAUAGUAAUAAUAAUAGUAAUAAUAAUGAUGAUAAUGAUAAUGAUGAUAAUUAUAAUAAUGAUGAUGAUGAUAAUAAUGAUGAUGAUAAUAACGAUGAUGAUAAUAAUGAUGAUGAUAAUAACGAUGAUGAUAAUAAUGAUGAUGAUAAUAACGAUGAUGAUAAUAAUGAUGAUAAUAAUAACGAUGAUGAUAAUAAUAAUGAUGAUAAUAAUAAUAAUAAUGACAAUAAUAAUAAUAAUGACAAUAAUAAUGAUGAUAAUAAUAAAAAAAAUGAAUACAAAACUUAUUACGAAAAAAUUAAAGAACUAAAAUCUAACGUGUUCAUUAAAGAAUAUAAGAAUUCGGAAAAGUUUAUAAAAAAGAAAAUCUUAAAAUAUAUAUGUAAAAAUGAGAUAAUAGAAAAUGUGAGUAACGUUUUUAACUAUGUUAAAAAUAUAUAUUUCGUUAUUAUAAAAAAUGAGAAAAUGAUGUUUUAUUUUUUAUAUAAUACAAAAGAUGUAUUAAAUAAUAUUAUAUAUAUGGAAAACGAAAAUGAAGUAAGUUAUAAUGAUAGUAAAUUUCUGUUAUAUUUUCUAUUAAAUGAAGAAGAAAUAUAUAAAAAAUUAUUUGAAAAAUUAAAUUUGGAUAUUGAAAAAGAAAGAUUAAUAUCGAAAUUAAAAAAAAUAAAUCAUAAAUUUAAUGAAUUAAAAUAUGAUUUUGAGAAAAACUUACAUAAAAAUAAUAUACAUCAAAUAUAUUUUAUGAAGAAAAGAAAAAUAUUUAUUAAUAAUAUGAAAGGAUUACAAUUUAAUAAAAAUGCAUUUAAUACAUCAGGUGCUGCUACAACUAUAUCAGGAUUAAAAAUGGUAUCCUUAAAAAAUGUAAUUCCUAAAUUAUAUAAUUGUAAAGAUUAUAAAAGAACGAAUCAUUUCUUUUUUAAUAUGUAUGAAAAUAUCUCAAAGGAAAAUAAUGGUAUGGAUAAUGUAAAUGAUAUUAAUAAGAAAAAUAUUAAUCAUCAAAAUAUUGGAAAGAAAGAUGAAGAAAAAUAUUUGCCUCCUGAAGAGCAAGUCAAAAAAAGAAAAAAGAAAACCACACAACAAAAUAACAAAAAGAAUAAUAUGAAAAGUAAUAACUUCACUCUUGAUGGAAAUAAUGACACAAUUGGAAAUAUAAACAAUAAUAAUGUUAAUAAUAAUAUUAUUAUUAAUGAUAACAAUAAUAAUGAUGAUAACAAUAAUGAUGAUGAUAACAAUAAUGAUGAUAAUGACAAUAAUGAUGAUAAUAAUAAUAAUAAUAAAGAAGAAGUAGUAAAAAAACCAGCUAUUAGAGGUAUUACUUCAUUUACCUUAUUUGCUAGAGAAAAAAGAAAAGAAUUACUAGAUCAAAAAAUAUAUCUUGGUAGCUCUUUAACAGAACAAACAUCAGCAGUUGCUAAAAUAUGGAAUAAUCUAAGUGAUGAACAAAAGAAAGAAUGGGCUGUUAAGGCCUCUAAAAUUAAUGAAGAAAACUUUUUAUUACAAAAAAAAAAAAAAAAAAGAAAAUUUACUGCUUUCAGUAUAUUUGCCAGAGAAAAAAGAAAAGAAUAUAAAGAAAAAAAUAUCGAUAUGGGUAUAACCUUAGCACAACAAAAUUCUCAUGUGUCCAAAUUAUGGAAACAGCUAACAGCAGAAGAAAAAAAUAAAUAUAAAGUCUUAUCAAAUACAGUUAAUGCAACUAUAGCUAAAGCUUAUAGUAAAAGUGAAUUAAGUGGAAGAACAGGAGAAAGAGGUAGUGGUUUCAAGGGAAGAAUCAAAGCAUUAGAUAAUAUGAUGAGUCAGCAUUAUGCAAAUAAUAAUAUUUUAAAUAAUAAUAAUAAUAAUAAUAAAAAUGAUGAUACUGUAAAAAAAAGUAAUAUGAACAAUAUUAAUGUAAAUGAAAAUAUAAAUGUAACAUAUGGAAAAAAUGUAACAAACGUAGACAAUGUCGGAAAUGUACAGAAUAUGCAAAAUAUUCAAAAUGUUCAGAAUAUUCAAAAUAUUCAAAAUAUUCAAAAUAUGCAAAAUAUGCAAAACAUGCAAAAUAUGCCAAAUAUGCCAAAUGGUCAUAUCAAUAAUAACCAUAUUUCUUAUGGUGCUAAUUCUAAUGUAUCCACGAUGCAUCAUACGAAUAAUACACAUAUGUCUCAUCUAAAUUAUAAUUAUUAUAAUCAAACAAAUAUAGGAAAUAAUAACACAUAUCAGGAUAAUAAUACUACACUUCCUAAUAAUCAUAACACUUAUACUAUGAAUAUGUCUGUACCAGCUAACCAAAAUAUAACUGAUAAGCCAGCUAUGGAUCAUAUACCAACAAUGAAUGCACUACACACAUAUGCAAGUAAUUUUAAUGGAAAUAUGUGUAAUGCAUCAACAAAUGUAAUUAACAACAACAUAAAUAUUAAUAGUAUUAAUAGUAUUAAUAGUAUUAAUAAUGUGAAUAGUAUGAAUAGUAUGAAUAAUGUCAAUAAUAUAAACAAUAUUAUAAAUAAUAAUCAUAAUAGUAGUAGUAGUAGCAGUGUUAUUGCUCCUGCAUGCGAUAUCAUGACAGAUGAUCAUCUGAACAGUGCAGCUACAACAACGGGUACAAUAUCUACUACAUACAAUGGCAUGGCCACAAAUAAUAUGAAUAAUAAAAAUACCAACCCAGUAAUGAUGAUGAUGGUAAAUAAAGAAUUAAAUCAUAUAAAUGUAAAGAAUAAUAAUUCAAAUGUAGAUAUACACCAAUUAAAGGGAGAUAAUAAUAUGAACAAUAAUAAUAUUAUGAGGGACAAUAAUUUAGUGAAUGGAGAUAUCAUUAAUAAUCAAAGUGUAAAUAAUAACAUAAAUUUUAAUACAUUCCAAAUGAAUUAUAAAAAUGUUGAACAUAAUACACAUAUGAAUAAUGAAGCAUAUCAAAAUAUAGAUGUAUCACAAGUAGAUGAUUUGAUGUUAAAAAAAAAAUUAAAAAAAGAUGAAAAAAUAAAAGUAAAAGAAAAAAAAAAUGUAUUAAGGAUAUUUGAUAAGCAAAGAAAACAAUUAAUACAAGAUGAAAAAAAAAUGGAUAAAAUUCAAAUAAAUGAAAAUCAGUACAAUAAUACAACAUUAUAUUAUCCCCCCACACACUUAAUGAAUAAUAAUAUAAAUAAUAAUAUAAAUAAUAACCAGUAUGAUAUAUCAACAAAUCAAUAUAUAAAUGAACCCCACGCAAAUCAUAUGAAUUAUUAUAAUAAUGUAGAUAAUAAAAUGGUAACUACUAAUGUAACAAAUAAUAUGAUGAAUUUUAAUAAUACUAAAAAUAUUCAUAUGGCAAAUAUUCAAAUGGGAACAAUUAAUAACAUUGACAAUGUUAAUAAUGUGAACCAUAUUAAUAAUAUGAACAAUGGAAAUAACUUAAAUUAUAACAAUCAUUAUGUUCCUUAUAAUCAUAUAAAUCAAGUUGUGGUUACUAGAAAGGAAAAAAAUAUACAAAUGAAUAACAAUAAUAAUAAUAUUAUUAAUAAUAAUAAUAAUAUGUUUGUGAAUAACAAUAAUAAUAAAAAUGCUUCUAUGAAUAAUUACCAUAAAUACCAACAGGACAAUAUGAACAACAACAUAAUAAAAAAUGAUCAAGGCAAUAACAAUAUGAACAAUUAUAAUAAUUAUCCAUAUAACAACAUAUAUUUUAAUGGAACCGUAAACCAUGGGAAAAUGCCACCCAUGCAAAAUGGGAAUGUUAUAAAACAUAUGGAAGAAAAAGAAAUAAAUAUAAAUCUUAAUGUACAAACAAAAAAAUUAGAAAAAAAAAAUUUUAACAAAAUAAUGAAUAUGAAUGAAGAGACAAUAUAUAAAAAUAAUAAUGAAAUAAAUUAUAUACAAAAAAAUAAUGUCCAUUAUAAUCAAAUGAAUGAUAAUAAUAUGAACAAUAAAACGAUACAUGCUCAUCAUAUACAUAAGGACAAUAUGAAUAAUAUGAAUAACAUAAACAAUAUAAACAAUAUGAAUAAUAUAAACAAUAUAAACAAUAUGAAUAAACAUUUUGAUUCACAUGUGUUGAAAAAAAGAGCUGGUGAUAUAAAUCCAAAUGAUGGGAAUUAUUUUAAUGAGAAAUUAAAAAUACAAAAUUCUUUAAAUGAUGAUUUUUUUGAUUUUACUACUACAAAUAAUAAUUGUGAAACCAUACAUAGUACAACAACUCAAGAAAAUAUUAAUUUAAAUAAUACUAUAAAUAAUGAUUUAAAUAUGGAUAUUAAUUCUAAUCAUAAUAUGAAUUACACAAAUAAUGAGCUUAACAAGAAUAACACAUAUUACUACCCUUAUAAUAAAAAUAAUAUGAAUAAUAAUAAUAUUAAUAAUAAUGAUAAUAAUUAUGCUGCCUUAGUGAAUACCAAAAAUCUCAUAUAUUAUCCUGAACAGAAUUUUUCUCAGAAUAUUGGAAAAGACAAUCAACAUAUUUAUUAUGAUACGGAUUUGGAUAAGCCCGAAAGAUCUUUUCAAGAUACCGAAAUAGUUAGACCUCAAAACAAAUUUUUUUAUAAUAAUCCAUCACAUUUUUUAGAAUUAGUUAAUAAUAAAAUAAUAAAAAAGAAGAAAAAUCCCAAAUCGUCUUUAAGUAAUGUUUUUAAUGAAGAAACGUGCACCAUUUGGGACCUUGUCAUGAAGAACAAAAAAAAAAAAAUUAAAAAAAAAAGGGACAAGAAAAGAGAAAGGGAAGGAUGUGGUAAUGAUAAUUAUAAUGAAUUUAAUGAAAUGAGAAAUAUUGAAAAUGAUUAUAAUAAUUUUGAUUUGAUGAUGUUGAAUAAUGAUUUGAACGAUUAUUUAAAGGACACAAAUAGAAAUGAGAAUAAUGAGGAUGAUAUAUUUAAUAGUAUAUUGAAUAAUAUAGACGACAAUAAUAUAUAUAAUAAUAAUAAUAAUAAGCAAAUAGAUAUUUUAAAUGAUAACGAUAAUAUUAUUGAGGAAAAUAGAAAAAAUGACAACAUGGAAAAUUUACCUGAGGAUGAUAAUAACAAUUGUGAUGAUUUUUUAAAUUUAUUAAAUAUCGGUUCAUCAAAUUUUUCGAACAAAUUAAAUAUAAAUGAACAUGGUGAUGUUAUUUAUGAUGAAAAAAAAAGAUUUGGUGCAAAUAAUUUAAUAAAUGAAAAUAAUAAUAAUAAUGACAAAUUAGGUUUAUUAAUGGAAAAGAAAAAUGAAAUCAAUCAAAACCUAAAUAAAUCUCAAAUUGAAAAAUAUAAUUAUGCAUAUAAAAAAAGUAAAUUGUGUAAAUGGACAGAUGAAGAAACAGAUAAAUUUUAUCAGGCAAUUGAAAUGUUUGGUAUAGAUCUAAUGAUGGUAAGAGCCUUAAUACCAAAAUUUAAUGAUAAACAAAUUAGAGAUAAAUAUAAAAAGGAAAAAAAAUCUAAUCCAUUAAAGAUUGAGCAAGCCAUUAAAAAAAACAGAGAAAUCAAUUUAGAUGCAUACGAAAAUGAGCAUGGAAAAAUUGAUCAUUCGACUCAUUAUAUGUAUUCGGAGUAUUCAUCAAGUGAUGAAAAAAAUGAUAAUAAUAAUAAUAAUGUCAAAACGUUCACAAAUGUAACAGGAGAGUCCGAAAUUAAUAUCCUUACAAUUUUUGAUGACAAAAAUGAAAAUGCUAAUAUUGAUGAUGAAUAUGCUGCAAAUGAAGAACCUUCUGAAUUUAAUGUUUUAACAUUUUUUUAA